GCAGCAGGAGCGGGCGUGUGUGUGUCACUUUGACAGCACCAUUGACUCCUCUCGUGCUCUCGCUGCCUCUUCCCGCUGGUGCCACCAAGGAGCGUCCCACUUUCACCUCCCCUCCAACCCUCCUCCCCCCACCCCCCCAGUCUCUCUCUGCCAGCUUCAGCGGAGAGAGUUGCAGUUCGCUCUGGGCCCGUGUGGAAUAGAGACACUGUUCUUCAGCUGACUGGCAGGAGAGGAAAGCGAAGACUCCUUGAGCUUUUCCAAAGAGGUCCGGGCUGGCUGCUUUAGGAAAACUUGAGGUGUCUUACACUUUUAAUCCUCCGGUCAGUGAUCGCCUUGGGAGCAUAUUGUGGUGAAUUGGUGGAAUAAAAGGAAACUGUUCUCUUGGCCCUUGAUAUCUAGUUAAGUGUUUGACUGACACAAUGUUGGUGCCAGCAUUGGAAGAAUUGAUCAGCCUCAACUCCAGAUCUCUAUCCUGAGAGACAACAACAGGAUGUGCCUUGGAGAAGAGUCUCAGGGUGGAGAAUUCAGAACCUGCAAGCUCAGGGCGCUCCAGUUCACAAGGUUGAGGUGAGAAGUCUGGUGGACAUCAGCAGAUUCUGAAGAAACCAAAGCUCUGAAAAUACUUCAUCAGAAAUUUCAGACUGCACAGACUCAUAGUGGCUUCUGAGCCAGUGAGACCGAGGCUUCCAAAGCAUGCUGGUGCCAAGCUGUCGGAUGAUGCAUGUAGCCAGGCCAGUGGUGGUGCUCCUGUGCUUUCUGCUUUCUGCUGAUGCUGAAACACCGCCAAAGUUUACAAGAACUCCCGUUGAUCAGACAGGGGUCUCUGGAGGAGUCGCAUCAUUCAUCUGCCAAGCUACAGGAGACCCAAGACCUAAAAUUGUCUGGAAUAAAAAGGGAAAGAAAGUCAGCAAUCAGAGAUUUGAGGUAAUAGAAUUUGAUGAUGGAUCUGGAUCAGUUCUCAGAAUACAGCCUCUGCGGACUCCACGAGAUGAAGCUAUUUAUGAAUGCGUUGCUUCCAAUAGUGUUGGAGAAAUAAGUGUGUCCACGAGACUCACUGUUUUACGUGAGGAUCAAAUUCCUCGUGGUUUUCCCACCAUUGAUAUGGGUCCCCAGUUGAAGGUGGUCGAACGCACUCGCACAGCCACUAUGUUAUGCGCAGCCAGCGGCAAUCCUGAUCCUGAAAUAACUUGGUUCAAAGAUUUCUUACCUGUUGACACAAGCAACAACAAUGGACGUAUCAAACAGUUACGAUCAGAAUCUAUUGGUGGUACACCAAUACGAGGUGCCCUCCAAAUUGAACUGAGUGAAGAAUCUGACCAAGGCAAAUAUGAGUGUGUUGCAACCAACAGUGCGGGUACACGCUAUUCUGCCCCUGCCAAUCUAUAUGUCAGAGAGCUGCGAGAAGUUCGCCGGGUCCCACCAAGGUUCUCUAUCCCACCUACCAAUCAUGAGAUCAUGCCAGGAGGGAGUGUUAACAUCACCUGUGUUGCCGUGGGGUCACCAAUGCCAUAUGUGAAAUGGAUGCUGGGAGCUGAAGAUCUGACGCCCGAAGAUGAUAUGCCAAUAGGGAGGAAUGUCCUUGAGCUUAAUGAUGUCAGGCAGUCUGCAAACUACACUUGUGUUGCUAUGUCCACCCUUGGUGUUAUAGAAGCAAUAGCACAGAUAACUGUCAAAGCCUUACCCAAACCUCCAGGAACUCCUGUGGUGACGGAAAGCACAGCAACAAGCAUAACGUUGACUUGGGAUUCUGGGAACCCUGAGCCAGUCUCUUACUACAUAAUUCAACAUAAACCUAAAAACUCUGAGGAACUGUAUAAAGAAAUUGAUGGCGUGGCUACAACACGCUACAGUGUUGCAGGUCUAAGCCCAUAUUCAGAAUAUGAAUUCAGGGUAGUUGCUGUAAAUAAUAUUGGACGGGGCCCACCCAGUGCGCCAGUAUCAACAAGGACCUCAGAACAAGCACCAUCUAGUGCACCUCGUAGUGUACAGGCUCGUAUGUUGAGCUCAACUACAAUUUUGGUACAAUGGGAAGAACCCGAGGAACCAAAUGGCCAGAUUCAAGGAUACAGAGUUUAUUACACCAUGGACCCCACCCAGCAUGUCAACAGCUGGAUGAAACACAAUGUGGCUGACAGCCAUAUCACCACUAUUGGAAAUUUGGUACCACAGAAAACAUAUUCUGUGAAGGUUCUUGCUUUUACUUCUGUCGGGGAUGGACCCCUGUCUACUGACAUUCAAGUCAUCACUCAGACAGGAGUCCCAGGGCAACCGCUGAACUUCAAAGCAGAACCUGAAUCUGAAACAAGCAUAUUACUUUCUUGGACCCCUCCCCGCUCUGACACCAUUUCCAGCUAUGAACUGGUUUACAAAGAUGGGGACCAGGGUGAAGAGCAACGUGUUUCUAUUGAGCCAACUACGUCUUACCGCCUGCAAAGCCUGAAGCCAAACAGCUUGUACUACUUCCGUCUGGCUGCCCGCUCUCCGCAAGGCCUGGGUGCUUCAACUGCAGAAAUCUCAGCGAGAACCAUGCAGUCAAAGCCAUCAGCUCCUCCUCAAGACAUUAGUUGCACCAGCCCCAGCUCCACUAGCAUUUUGGUAAGUUGGCAACCUCCACCGGUGGAAAAACAGAAUGGCAUUAUCACAGAAUAUUCAAUCAAGUACAUUGGGAUUGAUGGGGAAGAUGACAAGCCCCAUGAAAUUUUGGGAAUUUCUUCGGACACUACUCAGUACCUUUUGGAACAGUUGGAAAAAUGGACUGAAUACCGGAUCUCUGUGACUGCCCACACUGAUGUCGGACCUGGCCCAGAGAGCUUAGCAGUAUUGAUUCGGACAGAUGAAGAUGUUCCUAGUGGUCCUCCUCGCAAAGUCGAGGUAGAGGCUGUCAACUCUACCUCUGUUAAAGUGUCAUGGCGCUCGCCUGUACCCAAUAAGCAGCAUGGUCAGAUCCGAGGAUACCAGGUUCAUUAUGUGAGGAUGGAAAAUGGAGAGCCAAAGGGUCAACCCAUGCUGAAGGAUGUCAUGCUGGCUGAUGCACAGUGGGAAUAUGAUGAUACUGCUGAACAUGAAAUGAUCAUUUCUGGACUACAGCCUGAAACUACAUACUCCCUCACUGUGACAGCCUACACAACAAAAGGAGAUGGAGCACGUAGCAAGCCCAAACUAGUGUCUACCACUGGUGCAGUUCCAGGAAAACCUCGGCUUGUGAUUAGCCACACACAGAUGAACACGGCUCUUAUUCAGUGGCACCCUCCUGUCGAUACCUUUGGCCUCCUGCAGGGUUACCGCCUGAAGUUUGGUCGCAAAGACUUGGAUAUGUUUACAACGCUGGAGUUCUCAGAGAAAGAAGACCACUUCACAGCCACAGACAUUCACAAAGGAGCUUCUUAUCUCUUCAGGCUUUCAGCUAGAAAUAAAGUGGGCUAUGGGGAGGAGAUGGUAAAAGAGAUUUCUAUUCCAGAAGAGGUACCCAAUGGAUUCCCUCAGAACCUCCAUUCGGAAAGCUCCACCUCUACGUCGGUCCAAUUAACUUGGCAGCCACCAGUCUUAGCAGAGCGAAAUGGCAUUAUCACCAAAUACACCCUGCUGUACAGAGAUAUCAAUGUUGCACACCACCCAGUUGAGCUCCCCAUUGUUCCCGCUGAUACCGCUAUGACACUUUCUGGCUUAAAACCAGAUACUACAUAUGAUGUAAAAGUACGUGCCCACACAAGCAAAGGGCCUGGUCCAUAUAGUCCAAGUGUCCAGUUCAGGACACUGCCCGUGGAUCAAGCAGUGUUUGCAAAAAAUUUUCAUGUAAAAGCAGUAAUGAAGACGUCAGUAUUACUGUCUUGGGAGAUUCCAGAGAAUUACAAUUCUGCCAUGCCUUUCAAAAUCCUUUACGAUGAUGGGAAAAUGGUGGUUGAGGUGGAUGGUCGAGCCACUCAGAAACUUAUCACUAACUUGAAGCCAGAGACAUCGUAUUCCUUUGUUCUGACGAAUAGGGGGAACAGUGCUGGAGGUCUUCAGCAUAGGGUUACAGCAAAGACUGCACCAGAUGUACUGCGCACCAAGCCAGUCUUCAUUGGGAAGACCAACUUAGAUGGGAUGAUAACUGUGGAACUUCCUGAAGUACCUGCAAAUGAGAAUAUAAAAGGUUAUUAUAUAGUAAUUGUGCCUUUGAAGAAGUCUCAUGGAAAGUUUAUCAAACCAUGGGAAAGUCCAGAUGAAAUGGAAUUAGAUGAGCUACUUAAGGAGAUAGUUAGGAAACGCAGAAGCAUUCGUUUUGGGAGAGAAGUUGAAUUAAAGCCAUACAUUGCAGCUCACUUUGAAGUUCUUCCUACUGAGUUCACCCUGGGGGAUAAAAAGCAGUAUGGUGGCUUUGAGAAUAAGCAACUCCAAAGCGGUCAAGAAUAUGUCUUCUUUGUUCUGGCUGUAAUGGAGCACUCUGAAUCUACCAUGUAUGCAACCAGCCCAUAUUCUGAUCCUGUUGUGUCAAUGGAUCUUGAUCCCCAGCCAAUUACAGAUGAAGAAGAAGGCUUGAUUUGGGUUGUAGGACCAGUUCUCGCAGUGGUGUUUAUCAUCUGCAUUGUUAUAGCUAUACUUCUUUAUAAAAGCAGUAAACCUGACAGGAAGAGGGCUGAAUCUGACUCUAGAAAAAGCAGCAUACCCAACAGCAAGGAAAUUCCUUCUCAUCAUCCCACAGAUCCAGUAGAGCUGCGACGCCUUAAUUUUCAAACUCCAGCUUUGAGCAGUAAUUCAGUCCCCUACGCUUCCCUGAUUGGCUCUGUGUCCUCCCUCUCUAGCCAAACUACCACUCAGUCCUUAUAUGAUAAUAACUCUCUCCCACGAUUCGCUCGAAAAGGUAUGGCUAGCCAUCCUCCAAUACCUAUCUUGGAACUUGCAGAUCACAUUGAAAGAUUGAAAGCUAAUGACAAUUUGAAGUUCUCACAAGAAUAUGAGUCAAUUGACCCUGGCCAGCAGUUCACGUGGGAGCAUUCUAACUUGGAAGUAAACAAACCAAAGAAUAGAUAUGCAAAUGUAAUUGCAUAUGACCAUUCUCGUGUUCUACUUUCAGCAAUAGAAGGCAUACCUGGAAGUGACUAUGUCAAUGCCAACUACAUAGAUGGUUACAGAAAGCAGAAUGCUUACAUAGCAACACAAGGGGCUCUCCCAGAAACCUUUGGAGAUUUCUGGAGAAUGAUGUGGGAGCAACGGGGUGCAACUGUAGUCAUGAUGACAAAACUGGAGGAAAGGUCCAGGGUGAAGUGUGAUCAGUACUGGCCAAGCAGAGGGACAGAGACAUAUGGGCUGAUUCAAGUGACCCUGCUAGACACUGUUGAAUUGGCAACAUACUGUGUUCGAACAUUUGCACUUUACAAGAAUGGUUCCAGUGAGAAAAGAGAAGUGCGGCAAUUCCAGUUCACUGCCUGGCCUGACCACGGAGUUCCAGAACAUCCUACGCCAUUCCUAGCUUUCCUACGACGAGUCAAAACGUGUAACCCUCCUGAUGCUGGACCUAUGGUGGUGCAUUGCAGUGCUGGAGUCGGCAGGACUGGCUGCUUCAUUGUAAUAGAUGCCAUGUUAGAGAGAAUAAAGCAUGAAAAGACUGUAGAUAUUUAUGGCCACGUAACUCUAAUGAGAGCCCAGAGGAAUUACAUGGUUCAAACAGAGGACCAAUACAUCUUUAUCCAUGAUGCACUGCUGGAAGCAGUGACAUGUGGAAAUACCGAAGUGCCAGCCAGAAAUCUGUAUGCAUAUAUUCAGAAGCUGACACAGAUAGAAACAGGAGAGAAUGUCACAGGAAUGGAACUGGAAUUUAAGCGUCUAGCUAGCUCUAAAGCUCAUACUUCAAGAUUCAUCAGUGCCAACCUUCCAUGUAAUAAAUUCAAAAAUCGCCUUGUUAAUAUUAUGCCAUAUGAAUCAACGAGGGUAUGUUUGCAGCCGAUCCGAGGAGUAGAAGGCUCUGAUUAUAUCAAUGCCAGUUUUAUUGAUGGAUACAGGCAACAAAAAGCUUACAUAGCUACACAGGGACCUUUGGCAGAGACAACUGAAGAUUUCUGGAGGAUGCUCUGGGAGCAUAACUCCACAAUCGUAGUCAUGCUUACCAAACUGCGAGAAAUGGGCAGAGAAAAAUGCCACCAGUACUGGCCAGCAGAGCGUUCAGCCAGAUAUCAGUACUUUGUGGUGGAUCCCAUGGCAGAGUACAACAUGCCACAGUAUAUCCUAAGGGAAUUCAAGGUCACAGAUGCCAGGGAUGGCCAGUCCCGAACAGUGAGGCAAUUCCAGUUCACUGAUUGGCCAGAACAAGGAGUGCCAAAGUCUGGAGAAGGAUUUAUUGACUUCAUAGGCCAGGUUCAUAAAACAAAAGAGCAGUUUGGUCAGGAUGGACCGAUCUCUGUUCAUUGUAGUGCAGGUGUUGGGAGGACUGGAGUAUUCAUAACCCUGAGCAUUGUGUUGGAAAGAAUGAGAUAUGAAGGUGUUGUAGAUAUCUUCCAGACAGUCAAAAUGUUAAGGACACAACGGCCAGCCAUGGUACAGACAGAGGAUCAAUACCAGUUUGGCUAUCGAGCCGCACUGGAAUAUCUGGGCAGCUUUGAUCACUAUGCAACGUAAAACCCCCUGACCCAUCUUGGAUUUUUACUGCAGGCCCUUUAAGAUCCAGAGAGCCUCUUCUGAGCCAUACAGUGUGCUUGAGAAGUACUUCUUAACUCCUAGCUAAAGACCAAUUAGUGGGAAUAUUAAAAAAAAACAAACCACA